CGACCCAGUGUCAGUGUGUGAAUUUUUCUCCUCCCCUUCUCUUUUUUUGUAACCAAAGCUGGAUGUGUAGAACGUCACAUAUUGUUUCCCUCUUCACUCCGGUCACUUUAGCGAUAUGGGUUAUUUACUGUUAAACAGCUACAGACGCCGAACGCACAGCCGGCGCUUGGAGUGAAAGUGUCUGUGAGAGAUCCGGACUAUACAGAGUUUCUCUCCAGGCUUCGAUAAGUGAGGAUAUAACAACAGGUCAACGAAAGUGAGAUCUGUUUUUUAAAGGACGAUAGAAUGGCGAGUCCUCCAAAUACUGGGGGAGGACACUUGUUAUCCAACGCGAACAUUAGUAACACCAAGAUUAAGAAAUGUGGAUACCUCAAGAAGCAGAAGCACGGACACAAGCGCUUCUUCGUUCUGAAGGAACCGGGCGAGGGCUUCCCUGCCCGGCUGGAGUACUACGAGAGCGAGAAGAAAUGGAAAAACAAGUCAGCGGCAAAGAGGGUUAUACCUCUUGACUGCUGCCUCAAUAUCAACAAGAGAGCUGACGCCAAACACAAACACCUUAUCGCCCUCUAUACCAAGGACGAAUAUUUUGCCGUGGCGGCAGAUAAUGAAAAAGAGCAGGAGAAUUGGUACCGAGUCUUAACGGAUUUAAUGAGCGAGGGGAAAGUGUACUCCGACGGCUCCGCUUCCAAUUCCGCGUCUUCGCUGGUGGGGUUUGAUGAGGCGAACUACGGGAUGAUUACGCCGGUAACUGCCGCGUAUAAGGAGGUAUGGCAAGUGAACCUGAAAUCAAAAGGGCUGGGGCAGAGCCGGAAUCUGACCGGGGUGUACAGACUGUGUUUAUCCAGCCGGACUAUCAGCUUCGUAAAGCUCAACUCGGAUGUCGCGUCCGUCAGUUUACAGCUGAUGAACAUUCGGAGAUGCGGGCACUCAGAGAGCUUUUUCUUCAUCGAGGUCGGACGGUCAGCAGCCACGGGACCAGGCGAGCUGUGGAUGCAGGCUGACGACUCAGUGGUGGCGCAAAACAUCCACGAGACUAUAUUGGAGGCCAUGAAAGCCAUGAAGGAGCUGUCAGAGUUUCGGCCGCGCAGCAAGAGCCAGUCUUCAGGCACUAACCCCAUCUCCGUGCCGACUCGGCGGCACCUCAACAACCUUCCUCCAAGCCAGACCGGGCUCCAGCGGCGGUCGCGCACUGACAGCAUGGCCACAACUUCCCCGGUUAAUAAAUUUACCUCCUGCCGGAUACGCACUGCCAGCGAGGGAGAAGGCACCAUGGUGCGCCCCAUGUCUGUGAACGGGAGUCCCCUCAGCCCCGGUAUUCAACCGAACCUAUUAGGGAGAUCAAACACCAUUACAGCCCGGCCCAGCAGGACAUUUGAAUCCUCUUCCCUCCAGCACAGUAAGUCCAUGUCCAUGCCUCUGUCUCACUCUCCACCCACAGCCACCCCCAGCCCUGUCAGCCUGUCCUCCUGCUCGGAGAGCAGUGCUCCUUGCCCCUCCAGCUGCAGUGCCUCAGUCUCCCCCAGUGAUGGGGGCUUCAUCUCCUGUGAUGAUUAUGGCUCCAGCCCUGCAGGCCUGCACCUCACCCUCCGCAGUAACACCCCAGAGUCCCUGAGGGAAGACACACCCCCUUCCCGGGAAGGCAGCAACCUGCAUGGCUACAUGGUGAUGGAGAGACAGAACGGUUACCGCCGGUUACCAGAGCUGGACAAGGCAUACCGGAAACGCACAUACUCCCUCACCACCCCGCGCCAGCACAGGGCACCGCCCCAGGUCUCCUCUGCCUCAUUGGACGAAUACACGCUCAUGAGGGCCACCUACACCACUGGUUGCCAAUCGGGUCGCAGCUCUCACAUGGCUUCCCCAAAAGUGACCUAUCCCGAGGACUAUGGCGAUGUCCAGAUAGGCUCCAACGGUCACCUAGGCGACAGUGGCUACAUGCCCAUGACUCCAGGUGUGGCCCCUCAGACAGCGGGGGUCAAAGGUAAUGCUUACAUGCCCAUGAGCCCCAUGUGUGUGUCGGCCCCAAAGCAGAUCAUCAACCCCCGCUCUCACCCCUCUCCAGCUGGGAUGGGUCCCCAUACAGAUUCCCCUGGCAGUGUGUCUCUGGAGGACAGCGGCUACAUGAGGAUGUUCUGCGGGGCCAAGAUGUCUGUGGACAGCUCAGAUGAGAAACUCACCAAUGGGGAGUACCUCAACAUGUCCCCUGUGGACCCUCUGGUGUCCUUCACCCCCUCAGACUACUUCCUCACAGACACUACCCCCCAGCCUCACCCUCACCACAGACAGCCUUACUCCAUCAGUUCCCUGCCCCGCUCUCUCAAAGCCCAGCCCCAGAGGAACGGUGUCACAGACACAGACCAGUACGUGGUGAUGAGUCUACAGAGGCAGAGGAUAGAAGAGGAGUCCAACUACUGUCCCAUCUCACCAGUCUCCAUCGGUACACCCCCCACCAACACCCUCUCCUCAGCCCCCUCGAUCCUCAGAGCCGGCAGGGUGACCCAGGAGGGGGGUCUGGUCCACAGGGGGAGGGUGAGUCGACCUACCCGGCUCGCCCUUGACUCUCUGAGGACACUGCCCUGUAUGAGCGAACACCCUCUCCCCUCUGAGCCCAGGAGUCCCGGGGAGUACAUCAACAUAGACUUUGGCAACGCCACACGAUACCCGCCUGUCUCUAUCACGACUGAAAGCUCUGCUUCAUCGCUGGGCUCGGUGGACAGGCCGGCGAGGAGUUCCCCGCCACUCUCCGAAUACGUCAACAUCAACAUCAGCUCAUGCUCUUCCAAACACAGGGAUUCCUAUUCUUCAAUAGGGCGCAUGGAGCCGAGUCCUGUGCUCCUCGUGUGUCCCAGCCAGCCUCACAGAGAGGAUCAGAGGGAGAGAGAGGAGGAGUACCAGAGGGAGAGAGAGGAGGAGAGAGUCGUAGUGGAAUAUCCUCUCCAAAAGCAUGUGAGUCCUGUGUGCCCGGUUGGAGCUGUAAAAGACGACUACACUGAGAUGACCUUCAGUCCUACCAACCCCUCUGCCUCUCUCCCUGCCUCUCUGUGCCCCUCUGACUCCACCACCCCCCUGCCUACCAGCCCCUCAUCCUGCAUCCAGAGACUCACCCUGGGGGGAGAGGGCGUAGUGGUGGUCCCCCCUGCCCCUGUGGAGUCCUUCCUCCUGGGGGGUCCCUCCACCCCACCCGUCAACCCAGACAGGGGGGCUAAGGUGAUCCGGGCUGACCCCCAGGGUCGCAGGCGCCACAGCUCCGAGACCUUCUCCUCCACAACCACAGUAACGCCAGUGUCUCCAUCAUUCGCCCACGAUGCCAACAAGCGGCACAGCUCGGCGUCGGUGGAAAACGUGUCGCGGCUGGUCCGGAGCUCGGAGGGCUCAGACGAGGAGUAUGGGAACAGCAACAGCCCCAUGUGCCGGGAGACGUCGGCAGGCUACCAAAACGGACUCAACUACAUUGCCUUAAACCUGAUGGAAGGGAGCCUGGGGGGUUGCACCAGUCUGGGGGGCUGUGAGGGACUGCUGAGGUUCAAGGCAGCGUGUGGAUGCAAGGGGGGCAUGAACGGUUUCAACGCCAGCCCCUAUGCCACCAUGGGCUUCAAGGAGACUGCAACAGCAGUGAAAGACUGAAAUCUGAUGGGACCAUCCCCCCCCUCCUAUACCCCCUGUUCCCCUCUCUCUCUCUCUCUGUCUCUCCUGGCUGUGAACGAUGGAUAACGCUGCAGCCUAGUGACGAGGUCGCCACGCCAACAGCUGGACCAUGUGCUGCAGUAGACAAACUUUAACCUCCACCAUCCCCUCCCCUAGGAGUCAACAGACCUGCCGUCGUCACGACAAUGUGGACACUUGACCCCCCCCCCUCCCCCAAGUCUCCUAUCUUCACUCCCCCCUCUCGGCACCCAGACAUUGAGGGGCCGUCUCUGCUGCUAUCUAGACAAAUAAAAAGAAUGUUUCUUCAAAGAUUAUCUAUGUACAUUCAAAGUUACUUCUGCAAAAUGAUAUUAUUAUUAUUGUUAUUAUUAUUCCACUGGUUAUCGUUUGGCUUUGGCCAGUUAACCUCACCUUGAACCAAACCUCAAGAUAUGCGAAACACACGUUAUACAUACUUACACAUGUUUAUUUAUUUAUAUGUGUGCACUUAGUGGUGUGUGUGUGGAUGUGUACACUGAAUUUGUACUGAAGAGAGGUGGCAUUUUACGAAUAUAUUCAACAACGUAGUGAGUUAGCAGUUGCUUAAAACCCCUACCUCAGAGCAAACCAGGUUAGUACUUAUUUACACACCAGAAAUAUAUAUCGAGAUAUAUUUAUUUAUUUUCAGAGGUGAAUGUUUUUAUGAACACCAAUCCAAAGCCUUACUACUCUCCUGUCCGCAGUUUCUGAUGGACGUUUAGUUUGGACCUAUAAACACGCAGAAAAUCAAAGACUUAAAUCCAUUGCCAUGGAGACGGAAUGCUUGUCUGAACAGCUGGAGAGGAAGAAAUGUCUGUCUGACCUCUUUCCCUCUGCAAUCAAAGAUUAUUGAGAUUAUUACAGUUCGUUCACAUAUCGUUACUAUAUAUUAAUAUGCCAUAGUAAUAUAUUUAUCAUUGCAUACAAAGCUUACGAGAAGAAGCUGUUCGGCAUUAUUCAACACGCAAGUAAAAGCCAGGAGAAUGGGGUCUAGGAGAAGUUUUCUAGAGUAGGACACACCAUCAUCAUCAUCACACACACCAUCAUCACACACAUCCGCAUGUCCCAGUUUCACCUGGGCUGGUGGUCUGUUGUUAAUGCCUAGAACACCAUCAUCAUCACACACAUCUGCAUGUCCCAGUUUCACCUGGGCUGGUGGUCUGUUGUUAAUGCCUAGAACACCAUCAUCAUCACACACAUCCGCAUGUCCCAGUUUCACCUGGGCUGGUGGUCUGUUGUUAAUGCCUAGAACACCAUCAUCACACACAUCCGCAUGUCCCAGUUUCACCUGGGCUGGUGGUCUGUUGUUAAUGCCUAGAACACCAUCAUUGAGACAAAGCCUUUAUAUACUUUAACAGAUGACCUAGUUCACUCACAAUGACCCACCUGUGACACGUUAUUCUCACCUGAUGCCUCAGCACGGCGCCUGUGGUUAGCUGUGAUAGGCUAUUUGUCACAGAGGUGUGCUGUGAUUGGGCUGGUGGGCAGACUCACGACUGGUUUUCAGAGAGGUUUUGACAUGCCUGAAGCCAUGGCUGCUGCUUUGGGCUGUGAGACAGUAAGGAAGGAGGAGACACACCAGAGCUGACGCUGCACGGUCUUGCACUUACAAACUGCCUAGAUUGUAAACACAAGACACUUGAAUGUAGUCUAUUCCAUGUUCUCCUCUUGGGGAACGUAACCACCUUGACAACGAGUAGAAAUAACACAACAAUGAUAUCUACAACAACUGCUACAACAUGCAGAAUAAGACAAAACAAACAGGCAAACAGGAGUAAGGACGAAGAGUGUCGCUUACUUUGUCAGUUCAUUGGUACUCAACGUUCGCCUAUAUACUGUAAAAAUGUACAAAUACAGAGAAUAGAAUUGAGCGCAAGCUGAACCUUUUGUUUGAGAGGAAUUUUAAGUUAAAGAUGAUAAAUUAUGUUUGUACUGUUUAUGUGUUUGGAGUGAAUUCCCGGAAACAAUGAAAGCACUAAUUAUUAAGUUAUAUACAAGCAGCAAUGUUUGGCCUGGAUUUUAAAAUGAUUAUUACAGGAUGGUCUUGUGAAAUGAUUGCCUCUACAAGGACAUUUUCUAAUGCUGUAAUUCCGAGAAAUACUUUGAGAACAAAUUAUUCAUUAAUACUUGACAUACACGUUUAUUCUUGCUACUUAGGUACAUUUCACGAAUGGCACAUGCAAUAUUUACAUUUUUAAGAAAUUUGUUUAUAGAGAGGUACCAACUGUAUAAUAAUAUGUUAAUAAUGUUUGUUAAACCUUAAAAUAUAUUAUUUUUUUGCUCUUUGUAAUUUUUUUCUGCCAAUUGAUAUAAUGGAAAGUCUUCUGUUUGUUUUUGCUAAUAGAGCGUAUUGGUGAUUUGACCAGUGUUUUUUUGCAUUUGCAUAGCGUUCCUGUUGGGUUUUUAUUUAGCGUCUAAACAUUACGAUGAUAUGACGACCUAGCUUAACUUGCUGUGUCUUCCAUUGUAAAUACUUCAUAUCUCUUAUUGAGAUGCUAAGAGAUGAUCAUUUAAACCUAGUGUAGUUGCCAUGGCUUUAGACUGUAUUGAUUCUUUAUAGACACUUGCAAUAAAGAAUAACAUUGUUUAAGAAAG